CGGUUCUGUAUAAAGUGUUGUUUUACUAUGAUUAAAGGGUGCCGCUGGGGAUUGAGAGUAGUUGCCUUAACCACUACCACCUCAACAGCAUCCUCUCACAAAAUGGAUACCGAAAUGGCUGUCAGUAUGUCAAAUUUCUUGCAAGAUCAGGCAGCGAGAGCUCCUGAACAGUUUCAAGAAUACUAUUUUAUUAUGGAAGAUCUAUAUGAACGAAAAUUAUGGAAACAAUUAACAGAUAAACUUAUCCAGUUUUUUGAAACGCCCGAGACUAUUCCCUUACGACUUGACCUUUACACGAAUUUCGUUAGUGCGUUCCGAUCGAAUAUAAACCAGCUUAAGGUUGUUUAUAUUGCGUUAAAGGCAUUUGAAUCUUGCUCUAAUGAGGAAGCAUUUCGCAAUUUAACACAGUUGAUUGAAGGUAUUGAUGAAGAGAAAUUCAAGGAUGCCUACGUCUAUGCUUUGGUUGCUAUCGGUAGAAUUAAACUUGUCUUCAAUGAUUUGGAAGCAGCAAGAGAUAUUUUAAUUAAAGCUGACAAAAUUAUUGAACGAAUUGAUUAUGUGGAAAAUAUUAUUCAUGCUUCAUAUUACAGUGUUAGUGCUGAUUACUACAAGGCUAAAGCUGAUUAUGCCCAGUACUAUCGCCAUUGUCUUCUUUAUCUAUCAUGUGUCGACUUAGAGCAGCUAUCAGGAAUGGAAAAGGAAGAGCGUGCUGUUGACCUUAGUGUUGCUGCUAUCUUGGGCGACAUCUAUAACUUUGGUGAACUUCUGUUGCACCCUGUUUUCAAGGUUUUAAUGGGUACUCAGCAUGAAUGGUUGCAUGAUCUUGUUGUGGCUAUGAACGUUGGUGACUUGGCUAAAUAUGAACGUCUUAUGGCACACAUCAACAAAAUUCCUCUUCUGCAAAGUUCUGUGAGUCUACUCGGCCAGAAAGUACGUCUUAUGGCACUGAUUGAGCUUGUUUUCCAGUUACCUCCUAAUCAACGUACUCUAACUUUCCAUACAAUUGCUAAAGCAACUCGUAUCCCUUCACACGAGGUUGAGUUGCUAAUUAUGCGUGCCCUUAGCGUUGGUUUAAUUACCGGCUUGAUUGACCAGGUUGCACAGAUUGUAAAUAUCUCUUCUGUUCAAUCAAGAAUCCUUAACCACUCUCAGGUUGCCAGUAUGGAAACGCGCUUACGUGACUGGAAUCAAAAUAUUCAUUCAUUGAAUAAUAUCGUCGAGGCUUCUGGCAAAGGAGUUUUUGUUUAAUGUUUUGCGUUUAUGCAUAUGAAAAUGGAAUAACAAUUAAAAAAUCCAAAUCAUGACGUUGAUAGAAAGUUAACUAGAUAAAAUAAAUUGAUGGUUUUCUUAUAUUAAAGCGGUCUAGCAGCAGAAAGGAGUGAAAUAUCUUACAUAAACGUUAAAUUAGCUGCAUAAAAUCGAACAGGCUUAAGGGAUGUAACUCAGUAUCUAUUGGAUGAAAAAUCCAACAGAAUCCAUGAAACCCUUGAAAAAUAUUAGUAAAACAUUAGGUGUGAAUAUGGUUUUCUCUUACCGCCAAGGUUCCAUAAAAGCCAACCAAUCUGGAAUUUUCAGGAAUCUUAUAUAGUUUCUGACCACCGCCGUUCGCAUUACCAAAAAAGGGGCUAGUGUUACCGUUUUCCAAAAUAAUACUAAUUCCAUCUACCCAGGCUCCACUACGAAUAAGAAACCCAGCAAUAUUACUACCAUCUGUAUCAAAAUCGUGAGGACUUCCACCACGAUUUCCAAGAAGAGCAGAAUUUGAACCAAAAAAGACUUCAAUGCCAUCUAAAGCAAGGCCACAAUGAACACGCACUUUAGUAAUCUUCUCCUCAGGAGAAAAUAAAAGAUUAUUCAGUUCAUUUCCAUUGCAUCCACGAAGACCAAAUCUUUCGGAGCGAUAUGCAUCACCAAAAUCGGUAGAGAUCUUCGCAUUCCUAAUUAUUUCAGGAACAUUGUUUAUAUCCAUUGUUUUGUAAUUCCUCGCUAGGACUCGUACACGAUAAUCUUGACCAGAAUCACUACUUGAGAGUGAUCGAAUUUCAGCGUCAGUAAAAGCAGCUUUGUCUAAAGGAGGAUUAAAAAUUUUCCAGCCCUUGGUCUGACCAUUAUAUUCAAUUUCCACGAGAAAAAUCCCAGUAUCAUUUGUAAACACAAUUUGAUCCCCACUUACAUAGUAACUUGUUUCAACAUCAGAUGGAUACUGUUGAUCAGAAGGAAGUCGGAAAAGUGGAUGAUAAUAAAAUCUUAGUAAGUCCAAAUAAUGCCAUGAGCAUUCAUCUUUCGGAAGUAUGGGAGCAAGACCUUUACUACCUGUACGGACACAUUCAGAUUCUCGCGUUGUAAAACUACGGUUGAAAAUUGGAUAAGACCGUAGCAUAAUGCCAUCUGGCUGAUGCGGGCAUCCAAGGGUAUGACCAAGUUCAUGUAGUAUAGCUCCAAUUCCAAUAUUAGCGCAUUCCCACACGGUAGAACUUUCGUUAGCAUCGUUUGCUAAAUAAUCAGGAAUCCUUCUAGCGUCGCUGAAAACAGGUAUCACAUAUUCUAUAGCGCUAGGAAAAGAAUGCAAAGAAUGAGAGCCGAAGACACCUAGCUUAUGCAUAUCAGUUCCUCCUCCUAAAGCAACAUGACCUCUGACUUCUUUUGAAGAAGGAUCAUAACGAGUAUCCAAAAACAUGCAGAUGUAAUGCCAUGGCUCUGGAAGGCCCAAUUUAUCAACGGCAUUUCCAGCAACAUGAAAAAGCUGGUCAGGUGGAGUAGAACGAAUUUCUUCUGCUGUUUUAUCUGAUCUCAAUACGUGGAUAGACGCAGUCAAUCUUUCAGUGCCCCAUGCAGACUGACAAGACAUCGUGUCGGGUUGGAUAUUUUCUUCCAAGCGAAAGGUACGUCUACCAAAUCCAUUUCUAUACAUACAUUCAGCAGUAAAAGCUUGCCAAAGAUAAGCUGCACAACGAAGCUUGCGUAUUGCUUCGUCGAGGUCAUUCUUCAUGCCGUAAGGAGCGUCAAAUGUUAAAUCAGAAUCUCUUCCAACGACAAAGCCAAUUCGAUAGAAAGGAUUAUCAUUUAGUACUUGAUAGUUUAAACGCAGACUGAGUUCAGAACCAUUAUCAGUUUGAAAUAGAACUACAUUUUCACCUGGGACUACAUGAAUAAGAGCCUUAAAGUAAGAGUCCGUGACAACCCAAUACUGUUGUGGAAAUGUAUCGGCGAAAUGCUUCACGGUCACAAAUGCAGAAGUAUGAGAGUUAUUGCUUGUGACUCUGCCAUGAACAAUCACAAAUCUCUGUUAUAAUAACUGGAUUAGCAAUCUUUACAAAGUUAAAUGAUGCAUUAGGAUACUCAUCAAAUGAUAAAAAAGUAAAAUCUAUUCUUACAUGUAAGAACGUGAAGGUGAAAAGGUCGUUAGAGCGCAUAUAAGUUGUGCAUUAUAUGAAUUUAUACGACUGCACACUAUUGACUUUAAAUAUGAACUUUUGUAUAAUUUUACAAGAUGCUCUUUAUAUAGUUUUGGCAAGCGCAUGCUCAAGUGAAACAUAAUGACCUCAAGCUAACAACAAUUCAUGAACGAAAGCUAUUAUCAUUAGAUGUCAAUAACACUGGCUCAAGAAUUGCACUUGAAUAUGAAUUUAAAUUUAACAAGAAAAAUUCUAUAACUAACUGUUCAUAUUUGCUCUAAG